UGUAGCAGUGAGUACCGCAGUGUCUUGUUGAAGGUGUGUGACUGAGUGUUUACGGUCCCUCCCGACGGCCGCCGGGCUCCUCCUCACUUCAUGUCGGCCGGCCAUGUUGCCUUGCUUGUUCCGGUGUGUGUCGUCUGAUUGAGGCUGGAGCUCGGACGCUACGCCUCGCUGUCCAGCCCGAGCCGCCGUCCCUCUUUGGUAACAGGCUCUGAGUCAGGGAGACAGACGCUGGGGCCGGAGCCCACCAUGGAUUUUACAACUUGACCGCUCUGGAUGUUUAUCAUGGACAGUAGUUAGACACUUUUAACCCCCCGCGUCGUGCUUUUUCUUCUGAAUGAGGAGGAGGAGAGACUGUGCUCGGAUCGGGACUGUGGAGGAACGCGGUUUCCGCGGAGCUGCUCGCCUGGCUGUUCGGCGGAUUUGACCGUUUGAAAGCUAACUAGCUGACGGACUGACUAGCUAGCUAUUUAGGUUAGCUAAGCUAGGCUAACAUUUCGCUAGUUCAUUUUCAUAGUCUCCUGCAUUAGCUAGGUUAGCUAGCUGGCUCAGGUCCACGGCACACCACAACAGUUAGUUACUAAGCUUGUUAGGUAGCCUAGUAGCUCGUUAGAGUACAUACGCUACUGGGUUGCCCUUCAUAUUAAUUUUUUUAUACGAACUGUAUCGAUUUAAUCUGAGGGCGGGUUGAUUUUGUUGGUAUCUGACAUUGUCUGGUUUUAUUCUUCGCAGUGAAUGUCAAAUUAGCUCGGUUAGGUUAGCUGGCUAGCUAACUGGCUAAUUUAGCUGGUGUUAGGUUAGCUAGCUAGGGUUAACUGGUCCCGGUCGGCCUGAUAUACUUCAUUCUUUUUGUCAUUAAUGUGCCACAAAAUAUUCAAACCUGUUUUUACUUUGUUUAUUGUCCUUUAGGUUAAUCUAUUUUAAUCUGUUUCUUCACAAAACAUAUGCUGUAAAGUUAGCUAACUUGCUAGCUAACCGAAUUAUUAGGUUAAGAAAUAGCUAAGAUAGCUAAACUAAAUCUCAACUGUUUAUUUUUGAAUUACUCACAAAACUGAUAACCUAGCUUAGUUAGCGAGGAUAGCUGAGUAAUUAACAUCAACUAACUAAUUUAGUGAGGAUAUUUAAUCCAGGGCAAUUGAACAGGCAUUUUAUCUAAACUCAGCAGGACAUUAACUAACGUCACUUGACUUUUUGUUGAACUUUGUUGAAUUUUUAACCUCCUCAGGCACUGUUGACAUGGACUCAGAUAACUAGCUAGCUAAUGUGGGAUUCAACUUGUUGAUCUGUCUGCGUGGCUCUCUUGCUGUCUCUUUGCUGGGGUUUAGCAAGCUCUAGUAUUUAGUUAGCUCUCCUUCCUGAUCAGCCUGAACAGCUAAAAAAAAAAGUCCACGCACUAAAUGUGUGUCUGACUGAACAACUCUCUCCUUGGAUCCGUUGCUGAGAUUCCCCGACCAAAAUGACAACCCGGACUCAAGGAUUAGGUGUCAUAGAAAAUUCUUCCGGGCAGACCCCUUUGGACUCAAAAUCAGGCAGUCGUCCCAGCAUGCCUCGCAAUCGGAACGCGGUGGUCUUGACGGCGGACGAGCAGCCGCACAUCGGAAACUACCGGCUGCUGAAGACCAUCGGCAAGGGCAACUUCGCUAAAGUUAAACUGGCCAGACACAUCCUGACAGGCAAAGAGGUGGCAGUGAAAAUCAUAGACAAGACACAGCUGAACUCUUCUAGUCUUCAAAAACUCUUCCGAGAGGUGCGAAUCAUGAAGCUCUUAAAUCAUCCAAACAUAGUGAAGUUAUUCGAGGUGAUUGAGACAGAGAAAACGCUGUAUUUGGUUAUGGAAUACGCCAGUGGAGGAGAGGUUUUUGAUUACCUUGUCGCUCAUGGGAGGAUGAAAGAAAAGGAGGCACGUGCCAAAUUCAGACAGAUUGUUUCUGCAGUUCAGUACUGCCACCAGAAGUGCAUUGUACACAGGGACCUGAAGGCUGAGAACCUUCUACUAGAUGCUGAUAUGAAUAUUAAGAUUGCCGACUUUGGCUUCAGUAACGAGUUCACAAUGGGGAAUAAGCUGGACACAUUCUGUGGAAGCCCUCCCUACGCUGCCCCUGAACUCUUCCAGGGUAAGAAGUAUGAUGGACCCGAGGUGGACGUCUGGAGCCUGGGGGUCAUCCUUUACACACUGGUCAGUGGGUCACUGCCCUUCGAUGGACAGAACCUGAAAGAACUUCGAGAGCGUGUAUUGAGGGGCAAGUACAGGAUUCCCUUCUACAUGUCCACAGACUGCGAAAACCUGCUGAAGAAGUUCCUCAUCCUCAACCCCACCAAAAGAGGCAGUCUUGAGCAGCAGAUCAUGAAGGAUCGCUGGAUGAAUGUGGGUCAUGAGGAGGAGGAACUGAAGCCCUACAUUCAGCCCCAGCCUGACUACAAGGACCCCAAGAGAACAGAUAUAAUGCUCCAGAUGGGUUUCUCACAAGAGGAGAUCCAGGAAUCACUUGUCAACCAAAGAUAUGACGACGUCAUGGCAACUUACCUGCUACUUGAUUAUAGGAACUCUGAGCUUGAUGAGGGUGUCAACAUGUUGAUUAAACCACGUCCAGGAAGUGACCUCACAAACAGUAAUGCCCCCUCACCACCUCACAAGGUACAGCGCAGUGUGUCAUCUACUCAGAAACCACGGAGAGCCACAGAUCAGAGCUCAUACUCUAAAAGGCCUCAGGGGGAUAACAAGCACACCACUGAGGAUUCUGGGAGGAAAGGGUCCAGCAGCUCCACCAAAGUGCCGCCCAGCCCCAUCGUCCCUGGAGACCGCAAAAAGAGCUCCACACCCUCUACUAACAGUAUCCUGUCUACUGGCACAAGCCGAAGCAGAAACUCUCCACUCACUGAGAGAGCCACACUGGGAGUCCAGAACGGCAAGGACAGCCUGAACACACCUGGGUCCCGCGCCUCCACGGCCUCGGCCGCCGCCGUGCUCUCCUCCUCAUCCUCUUCUUCACGUUCCCGCCAUCACAAGUCCCUGUCCUCCUCAGCCCACCCCUGCCCCGCUGACCUACACGCACACCAGCCCAGUGCCCCCUCUCAGCGAGUGCCUAGUGCGUCCCCAUCUGCUCACAACAUCAGCAGUGCUGCCGGCACAGACCGCACCAACUUCCCCCGAGGGGUGGCCACCCGCAACACCUUCCACAUCGGACAGCAGAGAGGAGCCCGGGACCAGCAGGGUUCUCCCUACCACGCCCCACCUGCGUCCCCCUCCCUGUCCCACGGAAACAGCCAGCAGCGGCGGCCCGCCACCUCCGGGAUCUUCAGCAAGUUUACCUCUAAAUUCGUCCGCAGAAAUCUAUCGUUCAGGUUCCCCAGAAGGAACCCGUAUGAAGGAGAGGGUCAGGAAGAGGGGAGCAGAUCCAUGCUCAGCAGUGCAGAGAAGUCUGAGAAGACGAGCGUGGGAGGCGGGACUCUGGGCUCAGGGGGCGGAGACGAAAACAAGGACUCUCUUUCUUCCUCUUCUCCCGGAGGCGGGACUCCACCCCCUCCUCCAGCAUUGGCCAAGGAGGGCGCCAAGCCGCGCUCUCUGCGCUUCACCUGGAGCAUGAAGACCACGUCGUCCAUGGAGCCGGGCGAGAUGAUGAAGGAGAUCCGCAAGGUUCUGGACGCCAACAGCUGCGAGUACGAGGUGCGCGAGCGCUACAUGCUGCUGUGCAUGGACGGCAAGCCGGGCCGGGACGACUUCGUCCAGUGGGAGAUGGAGGUGUGCAAGCUGCCCAGGCUGUCACUCAACGGCGUGCGCUUCAAGAGGAUCUCUGGCACAUCCAUUGCCUUCAAAAACAUCGCCUCCAAAAUCGCCAACGAGCUCAAACUGUGAGAGAGAGGAAGAGAGAAAGGGGCACUUCCGAAACGGAAGGUGAAUAGAGAGGUAGAUAGAUUGGGGAGGGGUGGUGAUUUCACCUUGAGUUAUGCAAGGGCAUCUGGAGAGAUCUACGGUUUAGGAGUUUAGGAAUCACCAGUGUUGAAUGAGCUAUAAAUUGCGAUUAUGACACAUUGGCGUGUGGGAUCAGGAGCAUGGGAUCCAGACAGGAGAGCUAAAGUUAAGCUAAAAAGUGCUGUAUAUGUUGAUUUCGGUUUCAGGAUCACUAGCCUUCACUCGUUUUCUUUCCAGUCCAAAAAGGGGGUGCUUUUGCCAGCCCGCAAUACGGGCAACGUUGCCAUUGGUUCUUCUGCUGGAACUUUGUUUGAGCUUCGUGAGUUCACGUUCUUCACAAUCUUCAGUUCUUCACAAAAGCAUAUCCACUGAGGCACCUGGACAGAGUCCGUAAAUAUGAUGUAGGACCUCUCCUGUGUUCCUUUUGCAGGGCGGAUCAGGCCACCUCCUUGCACGGACUAAUGAAAAAACACAAACUCACACACAUUCAAUGUUUCUUCCUUCUUUUGUUCUAUUUACAGGGUUUAGCCCCUAAAGCACCCACUAUAGAGGGCCAAGCAACACUUGAAUAACGCUCAAUGGAUUGUGUCUUACGGUUCUUAGGGGGUAACUUAGUUCUUCAUUGGCUGGGUUGUGAUUUGUUGCACUGGAAUGGGUGUAUUUACGUUGCCUUUUUUUUCCUUUCUGAAAAGAAAUGUAUUUUAAUGUUGUAUUACCAGUGAUUUAUGGUUUAAUUAAUGUUAUUCUUAGAAGAGAUCCAUUUUUAUUUGUGUUUUUAAAUCUUCUCAUGCCUUGGUAUAGUGAAUGUCACACAUGAACACCACCACACACACUCCGACUGGUGCCCUCCUCCCCUCUUUCUCCAUCUCCUCCUGAAGAAAGAUGACAGCACAUCAUCUACAUAUUGUACACUUGUGUUAUUUUAAAAAGAAAAAGGAAAAAAAACAAUCACUGGAAACGAUCUGAGGACCUAAGGACUUCAAGCCCCUGCUUCUUAAGAUCAGAUCUACUUUUUUGGAGAAAUUGAGAAACUGAUAUCAUAUUGCCAUCGUUUGGUCUUAAUCUGUGUCCCCCUCCUUCCAGAACCUAAGCACUCCAUGCCUAAAGACCACCCAAAAGUCUGGAGGCAUCAAGAAACCCCAGAAGCCCAAAAGUCACUCCAAGCAUUAUUCUUAUCCUUUUAAUGAUUGGUUCAGCCUCUGUUGAUGUGCGUUUGUCUGAAUUAGAGCAAAUCCUGUGUGCAUAUGUGUGUGUGAUAGAGAGAGUGUGUGUGUAUAUUGGAAGAAAAUGAGUGUGUGUAUAACCAAAAGAUUUCUUCAGGAUUCUGAAUUGUUCUGUUGACCUUCAUAUACAAUGAUUGUAUUGAUGAGUAGCAGAAAGCCUGAAGUACGGUGAGCAGGUGCAGUGAGCACAUGGCCUUGCUGCUGCUCACUUUAAACGAGUUCACUUUCCAAUGCUUAUUUUUUUGUCAUUUUUAUUUUCAUAUGAAUAGUUCUUGUCAGGCAUUAUUAAUAUAGAGGUGAGAGGGGACACGGUGUGUGUAAGAGAAAAGUGCAAAUGUGUAAAUUGACUGUGUGCUGAAAUGAGCUGUAUGUCCACAGAGCUGUAAUAUUUUUGUUUGCAUGCAUGCCUCCUCUAGCUGGUUUGGGGUACACAGUCGAUUAUUAUGGAAAGAGAAAGAGAUAGAAAGAGAAGGAGGUAAGGGGCACUAGUAGCCUCUUUCAAGUCUAGAAGCAGUUUGGGGACACCUGUGCACAUCUGUAUUGUAUAAUUUUUGGAAAAUAAUGAUUUUUGUUUCCUUUUUUAUGUCACAUUAUUUUUGCAGUUGUAAGAAUUGAUCAUUGUCUAAGGUGCUGGGGAUCCAAUUGUCAUCUAUUAUUUUUCUUCAGGGUUAUUUUUUUUUCAUGUUUUUCAUUGCUGUAAUUUUUUGGUUUUCCUCUGUCAGAACUCGAGCAUUUGUCAGGGAGUGAGUGGAGGGAUUGAGAACUCCAAAUGUAUAUUUUUGUUUUUCUUUUUCUUUUUGGUGCAAAGAUGAAUAUGAUCAAUGAUAGUAAUAAAACACAAACAAUAUUAAAAACUGAGGUUGCGUAGGAAUUGACGCAACAGUGAAA